GGCAAGUCACAGAGACCAUAUCAUUGGAGACCAAGCCAAGCGUCCAGGUGGAGGUUGUCUACGUGAAGCAGGAGCCAGUAUGGGACGACUCGGGUGAAUCCGAGGGUGGAGUGCAGCCGCAGGAAUUGGAGCUUAUGGAGCAAGUGUGCGUCAAGGUGGAGGCGGAGUUCGUGGACUCGGAGCCCGCGGGGGAAAGGGAGGGGGAGGGAGAGCGCGGGACGACAGGCGAGUGUGGGAGCGAGACCGAACUAGACACGAAUGAGAGCGGCGUCUUUCGGCGGACCCGCGCGGGACUCAAAGCAGUCCGGACUCACGUGUGCCACAUAUGCAGACAAGAGUUUAAGAAAAUGAACAAAUUCAAGGAACACAUGAAAACACACAAGAGUGAGAAACCUUUGCCCUGCGAUCAGUGCGACAAGCGGUUCAACUGCUUGAAUACUUUGAAGGUUCAUCAGCGAUCUCACCGGCCGCACUCCUGCGGAAUGUGUUACAAGACGUUUGCACUUCUCAAAGACUUGCAGUACCAUGAAAGAACUCAUAAAGGGGAGAAACCUUACUGCUGUUCCACAUGUAAGAAAGAGUUCGCUUAUCCGUCCCAUUUAAAACACCAUGCGAAAAUACAUAGCAAUGAGAAACCGUUCGCGUGCAAAAUCUGUAACGCUGCGUUUUUGAAACUGAACAAUUUGAAAAGACAUGAAUUCAUACAUACGGGAGAGAAACCAUUUGUGUGCGACGUGUGCAAAAAGGAAUUUGCAUUUUUGGUUGCCUUAAAAGUGCAUAUUGGAAUACACAAAAAUGAGAAACCAUACUCUUGCGAUAUAUGUAGAAAGAAAUUUACACAAAAGAGCUAUUUACUGACACAUGAGCGAAUACAUUCGGAUGAGAAGCCUUUCGUGUGUGAAGUGUGUACGAAAGCGUUUAGGGGCUCGAGUGCAUUGAGGAGACAUGAGCGGAUACACACGGGGGAAAAACGCUACUCGUGCAAAGUCUGCAUGUACGAGUUCACAGAUUUGAGUAAUCUGAAGAGACAUGAACGACUCCGGGUUUGCCUGAAGUCAUAACACGUGAAUCUAUGUUUAAAAAAUAAUACCAUACAUUGCAGUAAUUAAUUAUCAUUCAUCACUAAUUGUUGAGUUUUGUGGUGCUAUUAGGACUAUACUUAAGAAUACCACUGUAUCUUAUUAAUUAAAUGAAUAAGUAAAUAAUGCCAGGACCGUAUAGCAUGUGGAUUUACAAGAUCUCAGAAUUCCUAGACUGUGGUUGUUAGAAAAGAAAUUAUAGUAAGGAGCAUGACACACCGCAUCCAAUUCGCACGGCGCUCCGAUGUUUGAGCGAGACAACACUAUGCGCGUAUUAUAGUGACAUCCCGCUCGCACGGAUGGCAUAUAGAGAGACUGUCAUGCAGGCGGGACUACUGUUACUGUACAUGGAACAUUCCUUUAAUGUCUUGUUUUGUAUUUUACAUUAGGCACUUGAAAUAACAUUUUAGUCUUAAUUUUAAUGUAUCUAUUUGCUAGAAUAUACAAUACACCGAUACAUACAACCACUAGUCACUAUUAUGUCAACUGAAAUAUCGUUACCCUAGUUCACAACCGUAUUAUGACGGAGAAAAAAGUGUUGUAAUAACGUAAUUACUUAGUACCUAUUACAACAAAAAAAUUCAAGUAAUUAGCAUGUUUGUGAACUAGAGUAUCGGUGUGAUGACUAUAAAAACCUUGUUAUUUUUUGUUGUUGUUUACAAAGGCAUUAUUAGGACCAUAAGUAUUUAAAUAACACAUUAAAAUAACAACUUGUAAACAUAAAGUAAAAAAAUCAAAAAUGGUUUUGAAAAAUCGAUUUUUCUUUGCUUUAGUCUAGGGACACGAAAUCAGUGUUCUAAAAGUUGAUUCAGCCACCGUUAAUCUCUUGUGCAAAACGAUUAAAAAAUGUACUAUAUGAAAAUUAAAUUAAACUAAGUUGUGUA